CCCUCCUCUUUUCGCCAACAAGAUGGCGGCAGUGGCGACGGUGGCGGGGUCGGUGGCGCCAACGGCUUUGUUUUCUGUCAGCGCUUGAAGCUGGCCGCCCCCCGGCCCGGGCGCGAGGGACAGCGACGGAGACAUGACCGCGGAGCCCGCGAGUGAAAGCAAAUUGAAUACAUUGGUGCAGAAGCUUCAUGACUUCUUGGCUCACUCAUCAGAAGAAUCGGAGGACGCAAAUUCUCCUCCAAGAUUAUCUAUGAACAAAAAUAUAGAUAGUGACAGUAUGCCUGGAAAUAUUCCAGCCCCAGUGGAAAACAACAAGGAAGAGGGUAGUAGCUCUUCUGAAAGAUCCAAAUCAUUAGGAUCAUCGCGCUCCAAAAGAAAACCCACAGUUGUAACA